AUGGGUUUGAAUCUUAUUAUUGAUCUUAGUAGUUAUAGUUUACCUCGGCGACCUCACUUGGUCAUCAUUCCCGUGAAAAAGCAUCCAAUGAAGCUCCGAUCCAUGGGACCUCUAAAAGCACACUUGGCUACUUCCUCCCAACUCGUUCCUCUUGCUCCCACCUAUUACUCUUUAGCAAAACACUUCCUUGAAUGGUGCAAAGCAAUAAUAGUAGAGGUUAAUGCUCCGCUCAAUGAAUGA